GCCGAGUGCAGCCGAAUGGCUGAAGGCGUUUCGCGAGUUUCGUCGUUUUUGUUGUUCGGAAUCCAAAGUUCGGAUCGUUGCGAGGCGUACUAUCGCGGGAGAAACCAUAAGGAAAACGCGACGAGAGAGCAGUACUGCGUCCCGCAAAAGGGACGAAGGUCUUUAAACGAGCGGGCGAAGAAGGAAGAAGGUGGGGCAGUUUCAUCCGAGUGAAAAAUCGAGUUCGAAUUAUCGUCGGUCACCUCGCCAUCGUGUCGGCGGUACCUUUUUUUUCAUCAAACGGCCGUUCAUCUGAUAGAGCAGCACGAUGACGGAAAAUCAGUACUCCAAUUAUCAGCAGCAAGGUUACAACCAGUAUAGCCAGCCACCACCGUCGGCUGGCCAAGAUACGUCGUAUCCACCUCCUUCGAGUGGCGCGGGUGGUUACAAUCAAUAUAGUCAGCCGCCUCCAAGUACCGGCAGCAACUAUGGCAGUUACAACAAUUACAAUUCCAACGCUGGCCAAGAUUACAAUCACUCCCAAAACCAAGGCUAUGGACAGAAUAGCUACGGUGGCGGCAGCGGUAACACGGGAAGCGGGGAGAGCGGUAAUAAUUAUGGUGGGGGCUAUGGACAUGGAAAUAGUGGAGGUAGCGGUGGAGGAUACAAUCGUAACUCGGGCGGUGGCUACGGUGGAGGCCAAGGAGGUGGCGGCGGAGGCGGUAGAUACGGCGAUCGCGGCAAUUAUGGAGAUCGCUCUGGCGGUGGUUACAACAGUGGCGGUGGCCGUGGUGGUUUUAACAAAGGAGGCUACGGCGACCGUAACAGCGGCGGCGGUGACGGCAUGGUUACGCAAGAGGAUACCAUUUUCGUAUCCGGCAUGGACCCAUCGAUCUCCGAGGAAGAGAUCUGUCAACAUUUCGGAGCGAUUGGUGUGAUAAAACAUGACAAACGUACGGGCAAACCGAAGAUUUGGAUGUACAAAGACAAGAAUACAGGGAAAUCAAAGGGAGAAGCGACUGUCACCUACGAUGAUCAGAAUGCCGCGCGUUCGGCAAUCAGUUGGUUCGACGGCAAGGAAUUCAAGGGUUGCACGAUAAAGGUGCAAAUAGCACAACAUAAAAGUAAUUGGCAGGGUAAUCGCAUGGGUGGUGGCCGCGGCGGCGGCGGCGGCGGCGGCCGUGGCCGUGGCGGUUUCGGCGGACGUGGUGGUGGUGGCGAUCGUGAUGAUCAUCAUCGCGGAGGCGGUGACGACCGCCGUGAUAGCGGAAGCCGCGGAGGCGAUUGGAGGUGUCCCAAUCUUGACUGUGGCAACACUAAUUUUGCGUGGCGAGAUCAAUGUAAUCUCUGUAAAAGCUCGAAGCCGGAAGGUCUUGGUUAUGGCGGUGGCGGUGGUGGUAGCGGCGGCGGAGGUGGCGGCAGCGGCGGCGGUAGAGGAGGUGGUGGUCGCGGCGGCGGCGGCGACCGUGGAAGUCGAGGUGGUUACAGGGGUGAUCGUGGCGGACGUGGAGGUGACAGAGGCGGCAGAGGUGGGGGUGGUGGUGGCGGUGGCUUCCGCGGUGACCGAGGUGGUCGAGGAGGCCGAGGUGGCCCCAUGAGGGGUGGCGGCGGCCGAGGCGACAGGGACAGGGAUCGCCAACGACCGUAUUAAUUUCAUUGGAGCGCAAUUCGGCCGAUUUACCAUACGGAACGAAUUUUAUAUACAAUAUCAAUGCUUGUACAUUUCGCAUUGCGGAUAUCUCUACUUCUUUCUACGCCAUAUGUGUAGCUCGUACUACUUUCUCUUUGCGUUUUAUAUUCAUAAACAUAAACAACACAUCAAGCGUGUGUUACAUACACGUUCGUACAAGAUUAAAGUCACAUGAAAUCAAACCUUUAAUAGAUAAUUAUAGUGAAUUAUCCCCGAUAGGUAAUAAAAGUCCAAGUGCUGUAAACG